CUCUCUCCACGUUUGGUGAGUACCUCGUCAGCCAAUUUGACGUGUAGAAAUACAUCCCAGUGCCACUCGCGGCGGGCUGCAUUUCCGGCAGAAGACCUCAUAUGCAAUUGGCCUCUCGAGUAACCAGCCUGCGAUUUGACAUCCUCACCGCCGCAAGCCUUAGGCCAUCGUUUUCAUUCCGUCCCUAUGCAUUUGGACCGGUCGCCAACAUGUCCACCUCCACAUCCACUUCUACGAAGCCCUCGGCCCUGACCUUUGACCUGAAAGCGCGAUGUUCGGUAUGCCAUCCGCAGAGUGACCAGUUCCCCCAAACAAAAUUGACAAAUCCGUCCUUGGUCUAGACAUCCAAGGCUCGCGCCUCGAUUUUACAUCUGCCUCAUGGCCCCGUCGAACUACCCAUGUUCAUGCCUGUGGCGACGCAGGCAUCGCUGAAGGGACUGACCCCCGAACAACUUGAAGAGACCGGCUGCAGAUUAUGUUUGAACAACACAUAUCAUUUGGGCUUGAAGCCGGGACAGGCCGUGCUAGACGCAAUCGGAGGCGCCCAUAAACUGCAAGGAUGGGAUUACAACAUCCUGACCGACAGUGGUGGGUUCCAGAUGGUCUCACUACUCAAGUUGGCCAAAAUCACCGAGGAGGGAGUGAGGUUCCUCAGUCCACAUGAUGGCAGUCCAAUGUUACUCACACCAGAACAUUCAAUGUCCCUCCAGAAUUCGAUCGGGUCGGACAUCAUGAUGCAACUAGACGACGUCAUUCAAACCACCUCACCCGACCAUGCUCGUAUGAAAGAGGCUAUGGAGCGGUCAGUCAGAUGGCUUGACCGGUGCAUCGCCGCACACAAGUAUCCCGAGAGACAGAACCUGUUCUGUAUUAUUCAAGGUGGCUUGGACCUGGAUUUACGGAGACAGUGCUGCGAAGCCAUGGUCGAGCGAGACACGCCGGGUAUAGCCAUAGGCGGGCUAUCAGGCGGAGAAGCGAAGUCGGAAUUCUGUAAAGUUGUUGAUACGUGCACGGAUUUACUUCCAGAACAAAAGCCAAGAUAUGUGAUGGGCAUUGGCUACCCAGAAGAUAUCGUCGUUGCAGUGGCCCUUGGCGCAGAUAUGUUCGACUGCGUAUGGCCUACACGCACUGCUCGCUUCGGCAAUGCUAUCACCUCUUGCGGCGUACUUAAUCUGAAGCAUUCUCGCUACGCUAAAGACUUUGGUCCGGUCGAAGAAGACUGCACAUGUACUUGCUGCCGGCCGAAAGAGGACGGCGGUCUGGGCAUUUCCAGAGCGUACAUCUACCAUCUUGCUGCCAAGGAGACUGUUGGCGCGCAUUUAUUGACUAUGCAUAAUGUGCACCAUCUGCUCUCACUGAUGCGCCGUGCGAGAAACGCUAUCCUCGAAGAUCGAUACCCAGAGUUUGUCAGGAGUUUCUUCGCGAAGUACUUUGCGGACAAGGGAGUGCCGGAUUGGGCGGUCGACGCUCUCAGAGGUGUUGGCAUCGAGAUAUGAGAAAGGAGCUGUAUUCUCGCGUUUGUCGAGAGGGCAGUGUCUCACCUAGGAGAACAUCUAGCCCUGGCUGCUUUGCUCGACGCUUUCACUCACACUCAGACCUAUUUGGUCUUGCGUGCAGUCAUAUUAUACCGAAAAGUGCC